ACUGCAAUAAAAAGUAAAACAUAUCCGGUUUACUUCACAACUUCCAACGCUUACUACAUAUUAUUAAAUAGAUCUAAUUUAAGUUUAUUUUCCUUUAAAAACUCUCCCAACACGUUUGCGGAACAAAACAGGGUUUUUACGGAAGCCGGUGAUACUUUGUUAAACAUGGCUGACGACGACUUUGGCUUUACCGUCUCCAACAACGGAGUUCAUGUUGAGGAGGAUCCGGCCGCGGCGUUUCUCGCCCAGCAACAGAAUGAGAUCGCGGUGAUUGAGAACGACGACGCCGGGUUCGGUGCGCUGGAUGACGGCGAACCUCUGCCCGCGAACACGUACACGUCUUUCGGAGAUGAUUUUGGUGAAACAUCAGUCUCGUCCGUCAAUGGAGAUAUGUUUCAGGAUGCCAACGGCACAACUGACAGCUACUCGGCCAUUGCCCAAGCUGACAUUCAGAGGCAAGAACCAGAAAGCUUGCGCAAAUGGAGAGAGGAACAAAAAGGUCGGCUGGAAGAAUUAGAUUCAGCAUCAAAAGCAGCCGAGGCUUUGUGGAGAGAGAAAGCCCGGAAGGAACUAGAGGAUUGGCAUGUACAUCAGAAUGAACAAAUGGAGAAAAAUAAAGCCAACAACAGGAUCGCUGAUAAAGCUUUCUACAAACAGAACAACUCUGAUGACAUAGGCGUUGUGGCGUCAGAAGAUGCUUUUCUGAAGGAGUGUGACGACGACAGUCCCGGCACAGAAUGGGAAAAAGUGGCCCGUCUUUGUGACUUCAACCCCAAAACCAGCCGGCAGACCAAAGACGUGUCACGGAUGCGCUCUGUGCUUAUUUCUCUUAAACAAACGCCUCUGGUUCGCUAAAAUAUCUCUCACUUGUUGUCCCUCACUGGCUUUCUUUCUUUAUUUUAAUGAAGCAGAACAUCAAACAAAUUAAAGUUUUGGGGGAAGAAGUCAUAUAUGAUACGUACAGUUUAGUGUAUUUAACCUUCAUAUUUAUGUACCUUGAUGUUUUAUGGCGUCAAGAGUAUUUAGUUUGGCUAUCUCACAUAUUCAGGAUUUUUAUACACAAAAUAUUAAAAUGUGCCUCCAUUUAUUUAAAAAAAAUAAACUGAUUUUUUACAUCAAUCCUAAUGCAAGUAAAUUGGUCAAUAGUUUUACUUAAAUGCUUUUUGACUUUUACAAUUGACUUAAUUGUGAAUGCCCUUAAAUGUUUAAACAGCAUUAUUUCUUUGGUUCCUGUGGUGAUGUUUUGUUACAAUCUUAAUAUGGACACAGGUUAGUUUUUGCUCUCACUUUAUGAAGUAUUUUAUUUUCAGCCUUCACUUCUUAUAAAAAUGUAAUAAUCUGUAUCCAGGUUUGGUAUUAUCUGCUUUUGUGUGUUUCUGCAAACUGUCAAAAGGGAUUAAGUUACAUUCAUAAGCUUGCUAAGGAUCAUUUAUUUCAGUAAAAAUGAAUCAUGAAUUUAUUAAGUUAUGAAUGUACUGCUUGAUUUCAUGUCUGAAGUAUAACUCCGAUAACCAAUUUAAGUCAGCACAAUAUAGCAAGUCUUUGUUAAACAUUUUUACUACUUAUUCAUAGCAGUUUGUGAAGUUUAACUCUAUACAUAAUGGAGAAAUAAUACCAAAUUCAAACCACAUUUUUUAUAAAGUGUAAUGUUAAUGUGGCAUCAGUCUACAGCAAUGAAUACCGUGCCUAGAUUUUUUUUUUUUUUCGCUGUGAGAUGUCAUAUCUGGACUUCAAGAUGAAACAAGUGCAUGUUGUGAUCCUUUUCAUUAAACACUAUUGCUAUUGGUUAAAUGAUAGGUUUUAAUCAAAUUUGGUCCAGAUGUUGAAUUUGUCUAAAAAUGUUAAUGUUGUUUCAACCAAGCAUUCUAUUUAGUUGCCUUUUAAACAAAGUUUAUUUGAAUGUGUUGACAAGUGAAGGCCAAAUAAACCAUCUGUUUAGGUUUGACUGUGUGACUAUAACUCUGGGUUGUAAUUUACCAGUUUAAUCAAAAUUAAAAUCAUAGCCUUAUUUUAAAUGAAAGUGCAUGGACUAUGCUAUACUGAUAAUUCAAUAAAAACCUUUUGAAUUCCUUUAA